AGGCGCGCCGCUCCGUGCCGCAGCAGCGUCGGUGUGCGCCAAUCUGCCGCCGCCGCGCCACGGCUGAGAUGUGACAGAGGUGCGGCAGGAACCACCGACUCAGAGCAGCGAACGGGACCGAACCAGGGGAACAGAACCGGUCCAGCUUGAACAGUAAGUGCAGCUGGUUCCGGCAGCAACGUCGCUCUCUGCUGUUAGGACGCGCGGUGGGAAACGCGCGCUCGGGGGCGCGGCGCGCCAGAUUAGGUUCGGUCUGGUUGUUGGUGCAGAACCCAGGAACCCAGGAGCCUCAGCGGGGCUGUUAGCAGCUCCCGACGGUCGGAACCCGGCCGGUACCGCGCUGCACGGUACCGCUGCUACGGAAACGUCAGCCGCGGCACCGAGGCCCAAAUUCCUCCCGCCCCGCUCUUCCUCCUCCACCUUCUCCUUCUCCUGCGGUGUAGACUCCCUUCCACUGGCUCCUCACCUUCUUCUCCUCCUCCUGAGAGACCAACCUGCUGCAGGCCAGGUGACCAGAAGUGACGUCAUAGAGCAGGUGAAGCUUUAGCAGUUUAAACCGUGAGGAGAAGACAGCCAGUCCAGCUCAGGGAGGUCAGCAGGCCUCCCUCCAUUCUCACAGGUGGAGGAGAACCAGGAGAACCACUCAUGCAUGGAGAGCUCAGACCAGGAUUCAAACCCACAACCCAGCAGUGCUACAGGCCGACACUUCCUGGAUGAAUCAGCAGAGAGGAGCUCAGCUCAGGUCUCUCUUCCGGUCGUCUCGACCAUUUAAUCCUUCCUCUCGGAGCUCCGUGUCCCGGCGGCGGCUUCCUGUUAUUGUCACGGCCCGCUCCGGUGGAUCUCCCUGUUUAACGGCGGAAUCUCGCGCCUCCUCCUGGCCUUUCCUCCUGCGGGACGCGGCGGGCGCCAUGGAGGACUCGGAGACGGAGCUGACGGUGUCGGAGGCGGACGCUCUGGGCGCGGACUUCAUCACGGUGGAGCUGGACACGCAGCCCAUCGAGUACGUGGUGAAGUGGGCCGAGGUGGGCUCCAAGUUCACCAUCUCCUGCGUGAAGAAGGACUCUGAGGAGGCGGAGCUGACGGCGGACCAGCUGAAGAUGGAGGCCGACGAGGCCUUCUUCGCCCCCUACGAGGAGGUCUACCCCUGCGAGGUGACGGAGCAGAGCGUGGAGAUAAAGACCGACUCCGACGACGAGGAGGAGGAGGAGGAGGACGACGAAGAGGAGGCCCAGGUGCUGCUGGAGCCGGGCGGCCCGCCGGACGGCGAGGCGGACCUGGACCAGGACUACUACGAGCCGGAGGGCCGCCAGUACCGCUGCAACUACUGCGGCAAGAGCUACAGCCACGCCUCCAGCCUGUACCGGCACCAGCAGACCCAUACGGGCAAGACGGGGGGCCCCGUGGUGCCCAAGAGGACGCUGGGGCCCGCCCACCAGGACGCCCGCUACACCUGCACCCACUGUGGCAUGAGCUUCAAAGGCAGCAGGAUGCUGGGCAGCCACCUGCGGCUCCACGGGAAGCGGCGCAUCCACCCCUGCAACAUCUGCGGUAAGGAGUUCAACCACAGCUCCAGCCUGUCUCGCCACCGCCUCAUCCACAAGAAGGGCAAGGGCCUCGCCAAGGGCCCCGCCCCGCCUGGCCCCGCCCCUCCUGGCCUGGCCCCGCCCACCGCCCCGCCCCCCGCCCUGCGCCACACGCUCAAGGUCGGCGCCAAGAGCAAGAAGGCCCGGAAGCAGCAGCAGCAGCAUGUGGCCACCGCCAUCAUCCAGAGCCCUGCGGGGGGGGCGGGGGGGGCGGGGGGGGGGGAUAAGUUCUACGCCUGCCCGCAGUGCGACAUGAGCUUCAGGACGUCCACGCUGCUCUCCAAGCACCAGGUGAGCCACGUCAAGGAGCUGCUGGACAGCUACACGCCCGGCAAGGAGAACCUGGGCGAGAGCUCGUCCGACCUGAAGAUACGCCUCAAGCUCUGCUCCCGCGACAAGCCCAACUUCUACACGCUGUGCAAGAAGAACCGGCGCCGCCGGGGGGGGCGGCCCCCCAAGCGCGCCGCCGAGGACGCCGCCGCCGCCAGGGGAGCCGCACGCCACGCCUGCGACCAGUGCGGGAAGAGCUUCGGCCACGCCUCCAAGCUGGUCCGGCACCGGCAGACGCACGGCGCCGCCGCCGGCCCGCCCAAGCUCCUCCACGCCAAGUCCGGGCCGGGCGGCGCCAAGACCAAGACCUACAUGUGCGCGGCGUGCAACAAGACCUUCGUGCACUCCUCCAGCUUCUCCCGCCACAAGAAGGCCCACCUGCUGGCCGCCACCAAGAGCCCGCCCGCCGUGGACGAGACCGCGCCGCUGGAGUCCGACUCCGACUGAGGCGCCCGCCCCGGACCGGGUCGGCCGGCCCGGGACCCCGUCUGGGUCGGUUCUGGACCGCUGCCGACUGGUUCUGGACCGGUUCUGGGGACCAGUUAUGUUCUGAACCUUUUGGGAUUUCUAGUUGUCCAGGUUUCAGGGACUACGACUUGUUCUUCUGUGUAGAUAGCGGCAGGAAGUCCAUAUAUGGUUGUUGGUCGGCGGGUUCCCAUAUAUGGUCAGAAGUGACCUCUAGCUUCCUGCUUGGCGGAAUGGGUUUAGAGUAAAGCACCUGUCGAGGGCCCCGCCCCGCCCCACCCCUCCAACAGUCACGCCUCGGCUUGCACGGCAUCAUGGGAAAUGGAGUCAAAGCCAGCAGAUCACUCUCCAGUGACCCGGCUGCUGAUUGGACAAGAGGAAAUUAACCCGAUUUAUAUGUGUGACGUGAUUGGCGACCAUCAGCAGCGCGCUGAACCCGGAUUGGUCUGAAGGUUCCACCUAAAUCUCUACAAAAUAAAAGCGUUUCCUGUGGAUGCCCCGCCCCUUUCACUUUUGUGUUCCUGCUCGUCGACACUUUGUUUUACUGCGUGAAUUGGAGUUAAUUUAAUUGUGAUUUAUUUAUAAAUGUGUGGGCGCCCCACCCGCUGUGUAGAAGAGAAGCACCCCCCCCCCCCCCCCCCCCCCCCCAUUGUGUUGCUUUGUUUGGGUUUGGUUCUGCAGGUAGAAAGAGCGACGUUCAUCAUUGUAUCGUGUUUCAUUUAGAAUACACCUGUUCACCUGUUCUGUCCGCCGUUUUGUAAUAAAUCAUAAAACUAC